ACCUGUGUGCAGAACGUUGACGCAAAAACUAUUACCCAAGCUUAUCUAGACUUUGCGGCGGAGGAAAGAUUUUACGGUGGUCUUGGAUUUAGUGGUUCAAAUCCUGUCAUUCAGGUUGCUGGAGCUCAACGGAUCAUCGAGUCCGAUCCCCGUGAGCUUUACAGUUCGGGAAAUUUCGCAAAUGUCCCUACCAUGUUCGGAGCAAACAAACAAGAAGGCACAUUAGUGUUGGGAAUAUUGUACAGAUUUUUGGUACCCAAUAAUUUGACUGAAGACGAGGAUUUUUUGGCAAAUGACUUAGUACCACUUCUGCUGAACGCAUUGCAUAUUGAUGAUCCUACCGGAGAAUUGGCCACUCAGUUAACAGAAAAAUAUUUGAGCACUGCAGUAAUGGGCAAUUUUACAUCCAUGAUACCCGGAUUAACAGAUAUGUGCAGCGUGCUCUUCUUGAAAGGACCGACGUACGAGACAACACAACUCGUUUCUCAACAUAAUCCUGACGCGUUCUUUUACUCCUUCGAGUACGAAGGAAGAAAUUCCAUUUUCAGCUAUUUGUUUGCUGCAAAUCCACCUCCAAUUCCUCACGGUGUCAGCCAUGCCGAUGAACUGAUAUACCUGUUUAUUUACCCAUUCAAGUCUGUCCCACCCGGUCUCAAUAGUAGUGAGAUUGAACAUUCGAUGAAAAUGCUUCAAGUCUGGACAAAUUUCGUCAUAUUUGGUAAUCCAACUCCGGACGGUGUAGCACUUCUUGAUGGAAUUCCACAGUUUUUACGAUACAACACCGUCGAAGAAUCCUACACCGCAAUUGACGAUGUUUGGAGAACGGAAGCAGACUACACAUUAACGUACACCGUGACGGUGGACGAACUCACUCCUCCUGGUGAAAGACGCACAGCUUCAAAGAGACAGUCUGGUCGCUUCCAACGUUCACUGCCAAAGAAAAACAAUUAUCUGGGCUAUUGAUAAUCGUUUUAAAUAUCUAAUUAAAUGAUAACUUUCUUACAAACACAAAACGUAUAGCAAAAUUAUUGAAAAACGUCCCGUGUAGAAUGAUUUGUAUUGUCCUGUUUCUUUCAAGGGUUGAAAUAGUAGCCUAUAUAAUACAGCCAUCACUCUAA